AUGAGAAUAGUAUCCGAUGCUUCUGGAGUACCUUUAGAGGUGGUCAUGUCCACUGAGAUCGGACAUACAAACAUCCAGGCCGAGGGAGCUACGAUUGCAGAGAUGGCCAAUAACCUGAAGGUUGAGCCGUCAGUAGAGAAACUCGAGUUGACUCCUGAAGAGCGAGCGUAUGACCCCUUGAAAGAUGAAACCUCUAUAAUACCCUGGCACUAUGACUCUUAUCCUUAUGUUUGUGUGCUAAUGCUGAGUGAGACCGAUGGUAUGGUCGGUGGGGAAACAUACAUAAAAAAGGGAAAUGGUGAAGCCCAAAAGGUGAGUGCAGCUCGGUCGUAUAAGAGGAAGGCAGUCAAAUUAAAAUCCAAGCAGGUCGAAGGUCCACAGAUCGGACACGCAGUGAUGCUGCAAGGAGGAGAAGUUCAGCACCUGGCCGCUCGUGCCAAGGGAGUAAAAGAACGGAUUUCUACAAUCACUUCUUAUCGCUCAAAAUUACCGAACGUCUACGACUCUAGCUACAUUACCAAUAUCCGACCGUAUGCGGAUCUCGGCUCGCUCUACCCUGAGUGGACUCGGUAUCGCCUGCGAAAGUUGCGAGACGAAAUCACUCAUUAUCUCGAUAAGGCCGGGGAUGAGUCAAGCUCCUCUUACCAACGAGAGGAGCUGCAGAGUAUCAUCACUCAACAGAUUGAGUACUUACACCGAACUUCUCGUCAGAUGGUCUCUCCAGAAUACCAGCAGCAGAUCUUGAAUAAAUACGGCAAGGCCGCAUAUUAUGAUGUCUUUAGGAUUUGGGAAGCUGUUCAGGAUUUGCCCGACUUCGAGAGUCUCGCAUCUGCCACAGACCAGGAACGAGGUUGGAUGCCAGAAAGUUUUUAUUGGAUGGAUCUUCAAAUGUCCAUCGAGACAAUUCGCAUGAAACGUCCGCUUCAAAGUACCCUUGGUACGCACGUGUGGAGUAAGCAACGAAACUUUUAUAUGGGCGAUGAGUUGUUGCGACAGGGCUUGAAUGAAGUAUUUUUGGACUGGCUUGGAAGCUCGGGUCUGUGGGACUCUUAUUCCAAGCGUUGA